AUGAAUUGUUCAUGUCUCGGUCGGAAGAGAAUUCCGGUAAAUGUAUCCGAUCAGUAUCAUAAAUCAAAUAUUAAAUCGACUAGUGAUGAACUAAUUGAUAAUCGAAUACCACUGACUAGGAAGCAAAAAUUUAUUCUAAUCAAAAAUUGGAAAGGUAUUGAACGCGAUGUGACAACUGCUGGUAUUGAAAUGUUCCUGAAGAUGCUAACACAACAUCCGGAAUAUUAUGAGUUUUUUAAAUUUCGAAAUAUUGCCAAUGAAGCAAAAGAAAAUCAAGUAAGUGAUGAGCGCUUACGAGCUCAUGGCGCUGCUGUCAUGAAAUUUAUUGGAAAAGCAAUCAGGUAA